AUGUUACAUCGGGUUGGCCGAGUCGCACGCCGCGACUUUUUAUCCGCGAGAAAGGGAGAGGAAACGUGUGUCAAGGGGUGGCUGUGGCUGUCGGCGGGUAUUCCGGAGAAAGGAGGGCCGAAGGGUGGUUGGCAAAUACGUAGGACGCAUUCAGAUCAGUCUCCGAAGGAAAACGAGGGGAGGUAUAGAAAAGCUUUUUCGGAACGCGUCAGCAAGAAACAUCAAAGUCCGUGCCAUUUCCUCCGCUCGAAUACAAAUGAAAUAGUCACGCACUUCUGGGGACCGGUGUUCAACUGGAUGAUACCCAUAGCGGCCAUAUCCGACACGCAAAAGCAUCCGAGAAUCAUUAGCGGCAAAAUGACUUUGGCAUUGGCACUGUACUCGAUGAUGUUUAUGAGAUUCGCCAUGAAGGUGCAGCCGAGGAAUAUGUUGCUGUUCGCGUGCCACUUCGUCAAUACCUGCGCGCAGCUUACGCAAGGUUACAGGUUUCUCAACUAUCAUUAUAUCUCGAAACAAGAACCUGUCUCUGUGAAUAAGAAGGAGUGACUUCGUAUAUGCUAAUUUUAACGAUCAUGUAAUUACAGACAGAUAUUCCGUAUAACGAUGGUUAUUCAGU